UUUAAGGGUGGAAAGUGUAAGCUAAAAAAAGUACUGCCUGAUCUGUUGAGUUAAAAUUCGCUUCUUUUUAUAAGAAAACGUACCGAGAGCAAGCUAUUGGUGACAAUAGGACCUUUUUCCAGACUUAUUUAAUUAUUAUAUAGUGAGUAUUUCGUUAAAAAUUUUUAGAGCAUUUUCGCAGACUAUUAAGAAUUUCAAAAAGCGUCCACCCUGUGAAGAACUAAACCACGAUGAAAAUAGUAUUUUAUCUAGUUUGUGUUGUCAAUAAUUCUACGUUUCGAUGAUUUUAUGGGCUUAAGUACUUACUCUUCUGAGAAGGUUAACAGAAUGUCGCUUAGUAACGCUAAACUUUGAUUUUUCUGAGAUGCUUAGAAAGCAAAGUUUUAGUUUGAGAUUGAUAAUUUUUUAAACCACUAGGUUUCACCAUCAACAGUUCUAAACUUUGCUUCGUAAGCAUUUUCAAAAGGGCCAUUAUAGAAGCGUUCGUAAGCGACAUUGGAGAAGGCUCCACUUUCCACCCUCCGAACACCAUGUAAAAGCCAGGCAUAGUCAGAUCAAGUUAACUCUGCGUGUCACUUGCAAGGACAAAGUGUGGUAAUUUCAUCAAUGUCAAAUUUCUAUGAUAAUAUGACUUUAUAACACUCCCUCACUUUUUUCUGUUCAAGUCGAUCAAAGUUAGCUUAGAAAGACUACUCCUAUUUUCACAAACGAUCUUUUCUUUUACUAGUAUUCUAUAUUAUGAAAAAAAAAGAGUGAAACCAUUGAAUAAAGUAGCUAGUAUGAUUAACUUGUCAGCUGUGUGCACAGAGGGCGAGGGCUCGGGCGUCGCGGCCGGCAGCCCCAAGUUCAUGGCCGUGCAGAUGAGCGACGGCACGCCGCCCCAGGUGCCCAUGAUAUACUGUGGUGCCAUGGUGUCCCCCCAACAGUCGUUUUGUAACGUCUCCGACAUCUCUGCGUCCGCAUCAGGUGACGAUUACGAGUAUACUGGGGGCUCCGGGGAUGGCUACCAGCGGUCUUCGAAGCGCGGCUACCACGGCGCGAGCUCGGGCUCCACUGCCGCGUCUUACCAUCCCUAUCGGCGUUAAUGAGUGACCUUCC